GCGCGCCGGCUGUGUGGCUCCGGAGCCGGAGCGGUAGCGGAGCUUGCUGCAGACAGGAGCGCUCGCAGAGCGGCCGCUCUGAGCGUCCCGUGCCCCGCACCCAGCGCGGCCCGCAGCGAGCAUGGGCGCGGCGGCCGUGCGCUGGCACUUGUGCCUGCUGCUCGCUCUGGGAGCGCGAGGGCAGCUGGUGGGGGGCAGCGGGCUGCCAGGAGCCGUGGAUGUGGAUGAGUGCUCAGAGGGCACAGAUGACUGCCACAUAGAUGCCAUCUGUCAGAACACACCCAAGUCUUACAAAUGUCUCUGCAAGCCGGGCUACAAGGGGGAAGGGAAGCAGUGCGAAGACAUCGAUGAGUGUGAGAAUGACUACUACAACGGGGGCUGUGUCCAUGACUGCAUCAACAUCCCUGGGAACUACAGGUGCACCUGCUUUGACGGCUUCAUGCUGGCCCACGAUGGACACAACUGUCUGGAUGUAGAUGAGUGCCAAGACAACAACGGUGGCUGCCAGCAGAUCUGUGUCAAUGCCAUGGGCAGCUAUGAGUGCCAGUGCCACAGCGGCUUUUUUCUCAGUGACAACCAACACACCUGCAUACACCGCUCCAACGAGGGUAUGAACUGCAUGAACAAAGACCAUGGCUGUGCCCACAUCUGCCGGGAGACGCCCAAAGGUGGGGUAGCCUGUGACUGCAGGCCCGGCUUUGACCUUGCCCAAAACCAGAAGGACUGCACACUAACCUGUAACUAUGGAAACGGAGGCUGUCAGCACAGCUGCGAGGACACGGACACGGGCCCCAUGUGUGGCUGCCACCAGAAGUACGCCCUACACGCCGAUGGUCGGACGUGCAUCGAGACGUGUGCGGUGAACAACGGAGGCUGUGACCGGACGUGUAAGGACACUGCCACCGGCGUGAGAUGCAGCUGCCCAGUUGGAUUCACGCUACAGCCGGAUGGAAAGACAUGCAAAGACAUCAACGAGUGCUUGAUGAACAACGGAGGCUGCGACCACUUCUGCCGAAACACUGUGGGCAGCUUUGAAUGCGGCUGCCAAAAGGGCCACAAGCUACUGACGGACGAGCGGACAUGCCAAGACAUUGACGAGUGUUCCUUUGAGCGGACCUGUGACCACAUCUGCAUCAACUCCCCCGGCAGCUUCCAGUGCCUGUGUCACCGAGGCUACAUACUCUACGGGACAACCCACUGCGGAGACGUGGAUGAGUGCAGCAUGAACAACGGCAGCUGUGAUCAGGGCUGCGUCAACACCAAGGGCAGCUACGAGUGUGUGUGCCCACCAGGGAGGAGGCUGCACUGGAAUCGGAAGGACUGUGUGGAGAUGAGCGGGUGCCUGUCUCGGUCCAAGGCCUCUGCCCAGGCCCAGCUGUCCUGUGGCAAGGUGGGUGGAGUGGAAAACUGCUUCCUGUCCUGCCUGGGCCAGAGUCUCUUCAUGCCAGACUCAGAAACCAGCUACAUCCUGAGCUGUGGUGUUCCAGGUCUCCAGGGCAAGGCACCACCGAAGCGCAAUGGCACCAGCUCCAGUGUGGGGCCCGGCUGCUCAGAUGCCCCCACCACCCCCAUCAGACAGAAGGCCCGCUUCAAGAUCAGAGAUGCCAAGUGCCACCUGCGGCCCCGCAGCCAGGAGCGAGCGAAGGAUACCCUGAGGCAUCCCCUUUUAGACAACUGCCACGUGACUUUCGUGACCCUCAAGUGCGACUCCUCCAAGAAGAGGCGUCGAGGCCGCAAGUCCCCCUCCAAGGAGGUGUCCCACAUCACGGCAGAGUUUGAGGUAGAGAUGAAGGUGGAAGAGGCCUCAGGCUCCUGCGAAGCAGACUGCAUGCGGAAGCGUGCCGAGCAGAGCCUGCAGGCUGCCAUCAAGACUCUGCGGAAGUCCAUCGGCCGGCACCAGUUCUACGUCCAGGUCUCCGGCACUGAGUACGAGGUGGCCCAGCGGCCAGCCAAGGCACCGGAGGGGACCGGGACAUGUGGCAUAGGCCAAAUACUACAGGAUGGCAAGUGUGUACCAUGUGCUCCUGGCACCUACUUCAGUAGUGAGCCAGGCCAAUGCGUGCCGUGUGUGUCGGGAACCUACCAGGACAUGGAAGGCCAGCUCAGCUGCACGCCGUGCCCCAGCAGCGAAGGGCUGGGUCUGGCUGGUGCCCGCAACGUAUCCGAAUGUGGAGGCCAGUGUUCUCCAGGCUUCUUCUCAGAGGAUGGGUUCAAGCCUUGUCAGGCCUGCCCUGUGGGCACAUACCAGCCUGAGCCUGGGCGUACCGGCUGCUUCCCCUGUGGAGGUGGGCUGCUCACCAAGCAGACGGGUACUGCCUCUUUCCAGGAAUGUGAGGCCAAAGUACACUGCUCUCCCGGCCACCACUACAAUACCACUACCCACCGGUGCAUCCGAUGUCCUGUGGGUACCUAUCAACCCGAGUUUGGCCAGAACCAUUGCAUCUCCUGUCCGGGCAACACCAGCACCGAUUUUGAUGGUUCCACCAAUGUCACACACUGCAAAAACCAGCACUGCGGUGGCGAGCUUGGUGACUACACAGGCUAUAUCGAGUCCCCCAACUACCCUGGAGACUACCCAGCCAAUGCGGAGUGUGUGUGGCACAUUGCGCCUCCCCCCAAGCGCAGGAUCCUCAUUGUGGUCCCUGAGAUCUUCCUGCCCAUCGAGGAUGAGUGUGGCGAUGUUCUGGUCAUGAGGAAGAGCGCCUCGCCCACGUCAGUCACCACCUAUGAGACGUGCCAGACCUACGAGCGGCCUAUCGCCUUCACCUCCCGCUCCCGCAAACUCUGGAUCCAGUUCAAAUCCAACGAGGCCAACAGUGGCAAAGGGUUUCAAGUGCCCUACGUCACCUAUGACGAGGACUACCAGCAGCUAAUAGAAGACAUCGUGCGCGAUGGGCGCUUGUAUGCCUCGGAGAACCAUCAGGAGAUUUUGAAAGACAAGAAGCUGAUCAAGGCCCUCUUUGAUGUGUUGGCACACCCACAAAACUACUUCAAAUACACAGCCCAGGAGUCAAAGGAGAUGUUCCCCCGGUCCUUUAUCAAACUUCUGCGUUCCAAAGUGUCUCGGUUCCUGCGGCCCUACAAAUAACCAGCCAGCUGUCCUGCGUGGGGACAGUGGGAACCAAGUGGGAGGGGAAUGUGCCUUCCCUCCACAGCACGAGAUGAAAGGAGGCUCCAUGGGCCUUCAGGCUGCCUUGAGAAACCCAUGAUACCUGCCUCUGGCAAAGCCGUCCAGCCUGGACCACCCCCAUGGAAGGCCUAGACCCAGCACAGACCCCUUGGUGGGGCUGCCACUCCUGGGUGGAAGCAGUGCUUCAGAAAGCCUUCACCUACCCUCUGCCUCCCAGGACACCUAGAGUACUCCCUCCUGAACCACCGCAGUGGGAUCUGCCUGGGCCAGGACAUACUGUCCCCACCAUGUGGGGAGCAGGACGACUGUGCCCUUGGCCCGAUCCGUUUGUUGAGAGAGAGGAGUGUGUCCAGCUCCCUGCAGGCUCUGGAAAGCAUGGGCCAUUGUCACCCACACAGGGCCAGGCCAGGGCAGGAGGGGUGUGUGGUGGUGCCAUCUGGGGAGUUGAUAAGCCUGUGCCAGUGCCUGUGGAACCAACACACCCUGCCAGCUCUUCUGGGCACAGCCGGGUCAUGGAGCUCAAGGGACUCUGUAAGAGAUGGAAUAGGUCCUCCAGGAGAGGAGUCCACGUGCUUGUGCUUCGCCUUAAUAGACCAUCUAAAGAAGUUCUAUAUAUAUAUAUAUAAAUAUAUAAAUAUUAAAUAUAUUCACUUCUCUAUGUGGGUGGGUAUUUCAGAAGGGUUCUCCUCAGCAACUGUAACACUAACCACUGUUGCCAGCCUCCCCUGGUGAUUAAACUGCGCCUCCCAGCGCUUGCCACCUCUGGCCCCAUCCCCCAUCCCCUCCCCCCGCCCCCCCCGCCCCCCGCCGGCCUGGGGAGAGCACAGAGAUAUGCUUGGACAUGCCGUUGAAUGUGACUUGUUGAGGACUGGACUAGGUGUUGUGUUGAAGCAUUGACGGGGUGCGGGGGGGAGGGUGCUUCACAAGCAACAUCACCACUGUCAACAGAACACAGUGGAAAGCACCCCCACCCACUGUGGGUCCUAGCGCUCACUGACUCUGCACUGUGCGUGCAGGUCACCAGAAACAAGGCCUUCCUCAGGGAUGUGCAGGCUGUCUUCAGAGCAGCCCCCACUCUUUACUGCAACAGGAGGAGAAAGCAAGUUCCGGGAGAGGAGGCCUCCAAGGCAGAGGCUAUUAGGAGCCUCCCUGACGCCUCCCAGUCUCUUAAAGAGAGGAAGCCUUGUGUGGCCAGGCUACACGGCAUCCCACUGGCUGGGGAGUCACCCCAUCACACAGAGGCCUUGCCUGUGCCUCAGAUGGCUUGCUGCCAGCUGUCAGAUACACGUAGAAACUGGUCUGUAUUCUUCAAAUUAAUGGAUAUUAGAACUUGGAGGAACAUGGGGGAAAUCUCAAAAUGAACUCCAAGGUUUCCUGGUCUCCAGCCCAGCCAGCCUGAUGGCAUAAAUGUACUGUUCCGGAAAACACAUGUGGCUCACGGAAGACUGAAGAUGUGUGAGCCGGCAAGCCAGGCCUGGAGAACCACAGCUUGAUGACAGAGCACAUCUGAACACAGGCUUGGAACUCAGGGAGAAGCUAUGGUUACCACAUGGGGCCACAAGGCAGAAGGGAUCACCAGUGGCCAUCACUCUUUCGUGGAGCAUGGCAGGUGGACUUUCUUCGUCUGGUAGAAAGGUCAGGGCCGGCUGCCUCUGCAGUUUACAAGCCCUGCAGCCCAGCUGUGCCAGGGAGAAGCUCUCUUCAUCUUCAGUCGGGCCACUGGUCCUCCUCAGUCCCGCAGAAUGAAUGCAGCAACACUUACUGUCUCCAGGGAAACCACGCAAACAAGGACACAUACGGAGGCACACUAAGAAGGAAUUACAGGAAUCAGUUCAAAAGUUAUAGCGGCCAAGAAGUGAUACAAGGUGUCAUCUGCAAGUUGGCAAACAGGAAAGCCGGCAGUGUUCAAACCAGAGACACUGAGUAUCUGUGUAGAUAGUUUGAAGGCCUGAGCCAGGAACACUAUGUGGGUCACUGCCCUACCACAUCACAAGAAGCAUUUGGGGGCUCAGCCCUGCCCGGUUAAGUUGGCAUAUCAAAUUAACCCACUUAAGGGCAUCAAGUUUAGUUUUUAAUCUCCCAAAACCAAAAACAUCAGAAAGAGUCCUCACAUUCACCUUAAGUCUUGCCUACAACCCCUGAGUGGUUUUUGGCAGUUGCCACCUGUGUACCCAUUAACAAACCCAACUAUGUCCUCUCUCCAGAAUGCCCACCCCCACUGUGGCCACAUCAUGCCCAGUGUCCCCCGGGUAGGAGCAGAUACAGUGCAGACCAGGCUCCUCAGGCUUAUGACCGAAUCCUUUUGUAUCUCUCAUCCCCACCCCCAAAUAAUCACCAAAACCUUGGCACCUGGCGAAGACUGAGGGGCCUGUGUCUCUCCCUCCAGCUUCAUGGUGCACAGUCCCCUCCUGGUAGAGCUUCGUACCCAGGCAACCUGAAGACCUUUAUGGAGGUGAGAGGAACACCAGCUUGUUCCCCGGGUUCCAGGAGAUGGUCAUGAUGUGGGACCCGGAAUUGGAGGCACUCCAGCAGAACAGCCAGGAAGCCUCCCUGUGUCCUCAGUACCUCCUGGUACUUGUCUUGGAAAUACCCACACGAAGGAGGAGAUGGACCUGCACGGAAGGCCAGCGCAACAGUGAGGCGCACCGUCUCCCACUCCGAAUGGGACCUUUAAUUGUCCUGGCCACUUGUACUGGUUACAGAGCCCUGUGGUUAUGGCUACACCACCCUUCUCACCCUGACUCCAUCCCCAAAUCUCAGGCAACACCAUCAGCGGGUACUGCCUGUGGCACCCAACUCCUGUCACACUAGCUACCGCUGGUGACUACUUUCCCAAACCCUGGCUCCCCCAAGGCCGUCUUUCCUAACUGCCUCCCUACUUUGAGUGGUCCCAUGCUCAAGUGCACACUACAGCCCAAGGUGGAGGGACACAUUGGCCACUCUUCCCCUCCUGCCGUCUGUUAGUUUGGAGCACACAGAUGAAAUACAUGCCUAGAAGUCCCGGUUCAAAAGCUUUACUGGGGAGCCUGCAUGCCCACCGCUGGCUUCUACAGAAGGAGGCCCUGGCUGGUCCAGCUUGGGUGGAUCCUAAAGUGACAUGUGGAAACUGUGUAUCUUACAGAGUCUCCUCUCGUCCCACCCCUCAGCAGAAAAAAUACGGGCCUAAAAUGAGUUGUGUCACUCAGCAAACAUUUCCUGAGUACCUACUGCAUGCCAGAUGUCUAGAAAGACUAACUGGGGAACAACAAGGUCACAAACAACCUACCUGGCACAGCAGCCUUCUGCUCGUCUGCGCGACCAGGAUAGAGGCCGGUGCGUCCUUCUUGCACUGGGAAGUGUGACUAGCUUGGCAAACAUUUACCUACUUCACCAAAGAUGCGCAGAGUGAUAUAGGUCAGCCCUGCUGCUCAAGCGGGCAGUGCCUGGCUGGUGCCAUUCAGACGGAGGCCGAAGGACUUGUGAGCAAAAACACAGAAACGGCACAAAGAGCUCCUCUUCAGGGCAGGACUCAAGAAGUCAAAACCUCUGUCAAGGUUCAGGUGGGGGACUCCUCAGGGUCCAGGUGAUGUGGCAGAGCCUGUGCUCUCUCCCCAGCACCUUGUUUAGACAACCAUCAACAGUAGGCUCUCGGCUGGCUGUGGCCUUCCCCAGCCUGCACCCAGCCAUGCCAGUAUAAAGGGCUUGACUGGAAGCUCCGAGCGACCAAGUAACGUGGCCAUAAUGAAGAGUGGGGAGCUGGAAGCGUUAGCGUUGACUUUGGUGACAUUCCACCUUUCCAAACACACAUUCAGAGGAAGGAUAAACUUGGCACCUCUUGAUCCAUCCAGACCAGUCACCAUCCAGACAUGAACUGUCACCACCACUUACGACGCCUGCGAAGACCGCGUGGCCCUCAGCCCCGCACCUGAGAAAAGCACAGGGUCUGUCAGCACAAACAGGAAGCAGCUGGUCUUUUAAGCAGAUCUGUCAGAAACCACAAGCUUCGCCAAGUCAGAGCCACGUGCAUCCAGAAGUCAUCCACUCUGCUCAAGAGACCGAUGCACUCCUGCACCUCAGUCUUCGGCCCGGGGGCCCCACACAUUCGCAGUCUGUCCAGACACUGGGUGGCAGUCCUAAUGCACAGUGACCAAUGUCCACAUAACCUCGUUUGCCUUCCAGCUGCUCAGAUAUUCAAAGCUUUUCUCUACCAUGUUUCCCCCGAUGCAUGUAAUUAAACACUUGUGAAAAUCACUUUGAUAAUAAACAGGGAAUGAGCCCAA